AGAGAGAGAGUCUUUAAAAAACGGCAAAGAGUAGAGAAGCGGGAACGUUAUUAUUUCCUUUCCACUGUCCAUCUCCGUUCUACAUUAUAUCGGGGUUUUUAUUCACUCUCUCCCUGCGAUUUCAGAUCUGGAUUUCUAGGGCUUCGUCUCGCAAGAUCCAGAUCUUUUGAUCGUCUUCCGUGGCUCUACUGUUGCAGUGAUGACUCCAACGAUUGAAACUCCUCCAAAUGCAUUUGAUUCGCACACAGCGCAUCCGCCCCUCAAUGAAAGAAUACUUUCGUCUAUGUCCAGGAGAUCAAUUGCUGCACACCCUUGGCAUGAUCUGGAGAUAGGACCUGGAGCUCCAACAAUUUUCAACUGUGUGGUGGAAAUUGGGAAAGGGAGCAAGGUGAAAUAUGAGCUGGACAAAAAAACUGGGCUGAUUAAGGUGGAUCGCAUACUAUACUCAUCGGUUGUGUAUCCCCACAACUAUGGUUUCAUCCCGCGCACUCUCUGUGAGGAUAGUGACCCCUUGGAUGUUUUAGUCCUCAUGCAGGAACCAGUCCUUCCUGGCUGCUUUCUCCGGGCUAAAGCCAUAGGCCUCAUGCCUAUGAUUGAUCAGGGAGAGAAGGAUGACAAAAUAAUCGCAGUGUGUGCUGAUGAUCCCGAAUACCGACAUUACACUGAUAUCAAAGAGCUUCCACCUCAUCGUUUGGCCGAGAUCCGGCGCUUCUUUGAAGACUACAAGAAAAAUGAAAACAAGGAAGUUGCAGUUGACAAAUUCCUGCCAGCCACAACUGCUUACGAAGCCAUCCAACACUCUAUGGAUCUGUAUGCAACCUAUAUAGUGGAGAGCCUGAGAAGGUAAGGUUAUGUAGCAGUUGUGGGGAUUUAUAGUUGGAGUUGCUGCUCGUGCCUUGAACUGCGCCCUUCUGAUAUUUUGAUUUCUUUCAUUUGCUCAUGUUGAUGUUACCUCGUGUGCAUCAUUAUGCUACCCUGUUUGUUAAUGAGUAUAGGUAUACUUACAUUUGUGAUUUUAUUUUAUUUUUUUUAAAUUUCUCUUGUUACAAAAAAACUUAAAAAAAGAACUACAAAGAAGGUAUCUUUUGAUGCUUAUGGUAUAGGAAAAUUUUUAUGGCCAUCUCCGAGUAACUUGCAUGCCUUGCUUGGCGUA